UGAUCAUGCGUUGUAAAUGAACCGGAAGUGACAAGUACUUCCUAGUUCAAGACCGGCAAGAUGGCAGCGGACACGCAGGUUUCAGACACACUGAAGAAAUUUGCUGUGAAAGUGACCACAGCCAGUGUAAGAGAGCGCAAAGAGGUCCUUGGCGAGUUGAAGCAGUGCAUUAGUGGCAAAGAGCUACCAGAGACAGCCAUUAAAGGGCUAUGCAAGCUCUUCUGUCUCACUCCACACAGAUACAGGGAUGCUGCAUCUCGACGAGCCCUCCUCUCAGUCAUUGGCCAAUUGGCCGAGUCUCAACCUGAAAUCCUAGCAACCAGCCUCCUCCACUGCCUCCUCAACAGUGGUGUUAUCAGCAAGAAUGGAGUACCCAGUAAGAGUACAGGCUCGGCUGCCUUCACCGGGCUGGCCUGGACCUGCUUGCUGGUUCGCUCUGUGUUUUCGGCUCCAGGGAAAAGAGAGGGCCCCAUCUGGAAGAAACUGGUGGAGGUCCAGAGUUUGCUGCUGGCUGAGGUGGUGGGUGGGGCUCAAGCGCCAGCACUGAAGUCAACCCUGAAGAACCUGAGCAACAUGUGGAAAAAGAACCCUGGCCUGGCUGAUCAGUAUAUAAGCACCAUUUUGAGACUGGAACAGAACCCCAGCUCACUGGCUCUGCUUGGGGUGUGUCUGGACUUCUGCACAACUCACAAAGACAUGGCCACUGUAGAGAAACACAAGAGUGCCAUAUUGGACCUGUAUAUGAAGGCAGUCCUCAUGAGCAAGACUAGACCACACCAACACAUACUAGACAAGAGUGGUUCGCUGCUGCGGCAUGUUUCCCACUCUGAGUUCAAGGAGCUGCUGCUGCCUGCCCUGCAGAAGGCUAUGCUCCGCAGCCCAGAGAAUGCCAUGCAGACCGUCUCCUGUCUACUGGCUUCAGUGACACUUGACCUCAGUCAGUAUGCCAUGGAUAUUGGAAAAGGCAUUGCAAGCCAGCUGAAGGCCAAUAACCCCCAGCUGAUGGAGCAGGCAGUGCAGGCCAUGCAGAACCUGGCCAAGCAGUGUAGUGACCCAAGUGCUGUACAGGACGUCGUCACACACCUCUUCAGCAUCCUGGGAGGGUCAGAGGGGAAGCUCACAGCGUUCGGCCAGAAGAUGAGUGUGCUGUCAGGUAUCGGCAGCUGCAGCCGUCAUGCUGUGUCGGGCACCUCCAGCCAAACGCUCAGCUCUGCAGUCGCUGUGCUGUUUAUCCCUUAUCUGCAACAAGAAGUCCAUGAGGGGACCCUGGUGCACGCGGUGGCUGUUCUGUCUCAGUGGAGUGGGCGGCUCACAGUGGAGGUCCCCAAGGCUCUGCUGGAAUGGUUCAAGAAGGCCUUCACCCUCAAGACCUCCACCUCUCCUGUCCGCCACGCAUACCUACAGGCCAUGCUGGGGGCUUUCAAAGGUGACACUCUGGGACAGGCAUCUGACCUCGUGCCCCUCCUCAUCCAGACAGUGGAGAAGGCUGCAGCCCAGAACUCCCAGCAUGCUCUGCUGUCAGAGGGUGUGGCUGCUGCCGUUCUCCUGAGUCGACUGUCUCUGCUGGAGACUCAGACAGAGGCCAAGUUGGCUGGCUUCUGGACCCUGAUCCUGGAUGAGAAGAAACCCUUAUUCACCACAGAGAAGUUCCUCUCUCAGGCCAGUGAGGAAGCUCUGUGCACAGUGAUACAGCUGUGUGAGAGACUUUUCCUGGACCACUCCCACAGACUCACCAAUGGCAAAUCACAGAUGUACCACCGCGCCACUGUGGCGGUGCUGCUGUCUCGUAGUUGGCGUGUACGGAAGCGGGCACAGCAGAUCGUGAAGAAGCUGCUCUCCCUGGGCGGCUCCGGCUUAGCCUAUGGCCUUCUGGGAGAACUCAGAGUGGUCAUCAACAAACACAAGGUGUUGCCUCAGGAGGUGCUGCAGGCGGAGUCAGGGGAGUUGUCUGAGGUGGGCAAGGCCUACAGUCCCCCUCGCGUCCUGCUGGAAGCGCUGUGUGUGGUGUGCUCUGUAGCUGGCCAGUGGAGCGACCCGGCCGAGGCAGACAAGAUGGCCAUGGAGAUCCUCAUCGUCACCCACCAUCCCUCCAUAGUUGCAGCUCGACCCGGGCUGUGGCCUUACCUGCUGUCCAGCAUGAACAUCAAAGCCCAUGAGUUCAUCGACAAGAACCUGGAUGACAUUCUGCCACGGCUGCUGGAGGCCAACGCUGACAAUCAGGCUGUAAGGAAUGCAGUUGGUGCCCUGUCCGGUCUCUCUCCUAUCAAGCUGCUGCCGCGGGUGAUGGAGCAUGUGAAACAGUGGCUGUCCAAUCCGGCGCUGCGGCAGGUCACCAGAGAGGAGUACGCCAUCAUGCUCACCCCUGAGGGAGAGCUGUAUGACAAGAGCAUCAUCCAGAGUGCCCAGCAGGAGAGCACUAAGAAGGGCAACAUGAAGAGGGAGAACAAGGCCUACUCGUAUAAGGAACAGAUCAUAGAACUGGAGCUGCAGGAGGAGAUCAAGAAGAAGAAAGGAAUCAAAGACGAGUUGCAGCUGACCAGCAAACAGAAGGAGAUGAUGCAAGCCCAGCUGGAGAAAGAGUCCUCCAUCCGCAAGAGACUACAGGAGUUGGACAUGGAGCUGCGGUGUGCGGUGGGUCUGCUGGAGGCAACGUUGAUCCAGAAGCCUCCCCAGAUCUCCUGGCAGCUCCCAGGGGUCCUCCAGGUCCUACUGCCUCUUCUCCACUCCCCCCUGGCCGCUCCACGCCUGCAGCAGGCCUUCCUCGACAUAGGAGUCUGUCUCAUUUCCAAGGAGCUGCACUACCUGGCUGUGCUGGUGGGCCAGGUGACGCUGCGCCUGAUGAAACCUGAGUGUGAUCUGGACGAGGCCUGGGGACAGGAGGAUCUACAUACAGCCACCCAGCGCACUGUCGGCCUGCUGCACAUGCACACUGUCCCACACAGAGAGGGCAAGGGUGGUGACAUGGCUCCACUGUCUGCCCCAGCCUUCUCCUUCUGUUUCCCCCUGCUCAACACCGUGCUCAGGGACUCCUCAGGCAGCACCGAGGAGACGGAGAGCAUGCAGGUCCGCGCCCUGCAGGUCAUCAAUGUGCACGCUCAACUCCGUGCCGAGGUUGACACCACAGACAUACUCAUCGAUGAGAAUGGACCUGAGCUGCUACCUCGUUUCGGUAUGCUGCUGCUCCUGACCAGAGUCAUCUCCACUGCAGCACCCAGACUGCAGGUGCUGGCGUCCCAGUGUCUGACGGCGGUGUGUGCCAGUGGAGGAGGAGAGAAGGGCUGUGCUCUGGCUGAGCAGGAUGAGAUCGACGUCCUACUGGAGGCUCUGCUCUCCCCCUGCUUCUCUGUCAGAGACGCUGCCCUCAGGGGCCUGACGGAGAUGGAGAUGGCUCUGCCUACAGAAAGUACAGAUGCCAGUGGUCUGAGUGUUCUCCGCAGGCUGUGGGUGUCCAGGUUUGAUGUGGAGGAGGAGGGAAGGACUCUGGCUGAGAAGCUGUGGCAGGCUCUGUGUCUGGAGCUGGUCCCUGAGCUGUGCUCUCUGCUCAUCGGGGAUGUGACCCACCACGAGGAGGCUGUGCGUACUGCAGGGGCCGAGGCGCUGUCCAGAGCCAUCAGCGAGUACCGCGACCAGUCCCCCAUAGUCCUGGGCCAGCUCAAUGAGCUCUACCACCAGAAACUCUACAGACCUCCUCCUGUCCUGGAUGCUUUAGGACGAGUCAUCUCUGAACAACCACCUGACCAGUGGGAAGCCAGGUGUGGCAUCGCCCUGGCUCUGAACAAGCUGUGUCAGUACCUGGAUGAGCCCCAGGUCACUCCUCUCUUCCUGUUCUUUGUUCCUGACGCCCUGAAUGACCGUCACCCUGAGGUGCGGCGCUGCAUGUUGGACGCUGCCCUCUCCUCCCUCAACACACACGGAAAGGAUAAUGUGAGCUCCCUGCUCCCGGUGUUCGAGGAGUUCCUGAAGGACGCCCCCCAGGACGCCAGCUACGACUCAGUCCGCCAGAGUGUGGUCAUCUUAAUGGGCUCUCUGGCCAAACAUCUGGACAAGAGUGACCCCAAGGUCAAACCCAUCGUGGCUAAGCUCAUCACUGCCCUUUCCACACCCUCACAGCAGGUCCAGGAGUCUGUGGCUAGCUGCCUGCCCCCUCUGGUCCCUGCCAUCAGGGAGGAUGCUGGGGGAAUGGUGCGGAAGCUGCUGCAGCUGCUGCUGGAGAGUGACAAGUACGCUGAGAGAAAGGGUGCGGCUUAUGGCCUGGCAGGCCUGGUCAAAGGCCUGGGCAUCCUGGCCCUCAAACAGCAGGACAUCAUGAGCACCCUGACCGACGCCAUCCAGGACAAGAAGAACUUCAGACGCAGAGAGGGUGCUCUGUUUGCCUUUGAGAUGCUGUGCAACAUGCUGGGGAAGCUGUUUGAGCCCUACGUGGUCCACGUGCUGCCUCACCUCCUGCUCUGCUUCGGGGACGGGAACCAGUAUGUCAGAGAGGCGGCAGAUGACUGUGCCAAGGCGGUGAUGAGGAACCUGAGUGCCCAUGGGGUGAAGCUGGUUCUGCCCUCCCUGCUGGUGGCUCUUGAGGAGGAAUCCUGGAGGACAAAAGCAGGUUCUGUGGAGCUCCUGGGGGCCAUGGCAUACUGUGCCCCUAAGCAGCUGUCCUCCUGCCUGCCCAGCAUUGUGCCCAAGCUGACCGAGGUGCUGACUGACUCCCAUGUCAAAGUGCAGAAUGCCGGCCAGCAGGCCCUACGACAGAUUGGCUCUGUCAUCCGCAACCCUGAGAUCCUGGCCAUAACCCCCAUCCUGCUGGAUGCCCUCACUGACCCCUCCCGUAAGACCCAGAACUGCCUGCAGACGCUGCUGGACACCAAGUUUGUCCACUUCAUCGACGCCCCCUCCCUGGCCCUCAUCAUGCCCAUCGUCCAGAGGGCCUUCCAGGACCGCUCCACCGACACUCGCAAGAUGGCCGCUCAGAUCAUCGGCAACAUGUACUCCCUCACCGACCAGAAGGACCUGUCCCCAUACCUGCCCAGUGUCAUUCCUGGACUCAAAGCCUCUCUGCUGGACCCUGUGCCUGAGGUGCGUACCGUGUCUGCCAAGGCCCUGGGUGCCAUGGUGAAGGGCAUGGGUGAGUCGUGCUUUGAUGACCUGCUUCCCUGGCUCAUGGAGACCCUAGCAUCUGAGCAGAGCUCUGUGGACCGCUCUGGAGCUGCCCAAGGUCUGGCUGAGGUGAUGGCUGGGCUGGGAGUGGAGAAGCUGGACAAGCUGAUGCCAGACGUGGUGCAGACGGCCAGCAAGGUGGACAUCGCCUCCCACGUCCGCGACGGUUACAUCAUGAUGUUCAUCUACCUGCCACUCACCUUCGGGGACAGGUUCACACCCUACGUUGGCCCCAUCAUCCCCUGCAUCCUCAAGGCUCUUGCUGAUGAGAAUGAAUAUGUGAGAGACACGGCCCUGCGUGCCGGCCAGCGCAUCAUCAGCAUGUACGCUGAGACGGCCAUCGCCCUGCUGCUGCCUGAACUGGAACAGGGCCUGUUUGACGACCUCUGGAGGAUUAGAUUCAGCUCUGUGCAGCUGCUGGGAGACCUACUGUUCCACAUUUCAGGAGUCACAGGCAAGAUGACCACUGAGACCGCUUCAGAGGACGAUAACUUUGGCACAGCGCAGUCCAACAAGGCUAUCAUCGGAGCGCUGGGUGGAGAGCGGCGUAACCGGGUCCUGUCUGGCCUCUAUAUGGGCCGUUCAGACACCCAGCUGGUGGUGCGACAGGCUUCCCUACACGUGUGGAAGAUUGUGGUGUCCAACACGCCCCGCACCCUCCGGGAGAUCCUGCCCACCCUCUUCACUCUGUUGCUGGGCUUCCUGGCUUCCGACUGCCCCGACAAGAGAACGAUUGCUGCAAGGACACUUGGAGACCUAGUCCGUAAGCUGGGAGAGAAGAUCCUCCCAGAGAUCAUUCCUAUCCUGGAGGAGGGUCUGCGCUCAGAUAAGAGUGAUGAGAGGCAGGGCGUGUGCAUCGGUCUGAGUGAGAUCAUGAAGUCCACCAGCAGGGACGCGGUGCUGAUAUUCUCUGAGUCCCUGGUCCCCACGGUGAGGAAGGCUCUGUGUGACCCCCUGGAGGAGGUACGAGAGGCUGCAGCCAAAACCUUUGAGCAGCUCCACGCCACCAUCGGUCACCAGGCCCUGGACGACAUCCUGCCUGCCCUGCUCAAACAGUUGGAUGAUGAGGAGACUGCAGAGUUUGCUCUGGACGGUCUGAAACAGGUGAUGGCAGUGAAGAGUCGCUCUGUGCUGCCCUACCUAGUGCCGAAGCUCACUGCUCCUCCAGUGAACACGCGCGUGCUGGCCUUCCUAUCUGCUGUGGCUGGAGACGCUCUGACGCGCCACCUGGGGGUCAUCCUGCCCGCCCUCUACUCCUCUCUGAAAGACAAACUGGGAACAGAGGAGGGACAGCAGGAGCUGGCCAGCUGCCAGGCAGUGAUCCUGUCUGUGGAAGAUGAGGUGGGUCAGCGUAUCAUCAUCGAGGACUUGCUAGAGGCCACCAGGUCACCGGAUGCCGGUCUCAGACAGGCAGCCGCCACCAUCCUCAACGGAUACUUCUCCCGCACCCGCCUGGAUUACAGUGCCCACACACGCAACCUGCUGUCAGGCCUCAUCCGCCUGCUCAACGACUCCAACCCUGAGGUCCUGGUGCAGAGCUGGGACGCCAUCAACUCCAUCACCAAGAAACUGGACGCUGGCAGCCAGCUGGCUCUGAUUGACGACCUGCACAGAGACAUCCGGUCAGUGGCAGUAGACGUCAAGGGUCAGCACCUGCCUGGGUUCUGUCUUCCAAAAAAGGGUGUGACCUGCAUCCUGCCAGUGUUGAGGGAAGGAGUGUUGACAGGCAGUCCUGAGCAGAAAGAGGAGGCGGCCAAAGCGCUGGGAGGAGUCAUCAAGCUGACCUCCUCUGAGGCUCUCCGACCGUCUGUGGUCAACAUCACUGGACCGCUCAUCCGUAUUCUGGGAGACCGCUUUGCCUGGAGUGUGAAGACCUCUCUGCUAGAGACACUCACCCUGCUGCUGGCCAAGGUAGGCAUAGCCCUGAAGCCCUUCCUGCCCCAGCUCCAGACCACCUUCCUGAAGGCUCUGCAGGACUCCAGCCGGGCGGUCAGGCUGAAGGCUGCUGAGGCCCUGGGCCAGCUGGUCUCCAUCCACAGCAAGGUGGACCCCCUAUUUACAGAGCAGCUCUCUGCCAUCCACAAUGCUGAGGACUCAGGAGUCAGGGAGACCAUGCUACAAGCCUUACGAUUCGUCAUCCAGGGAGCAGGGUCAAAGGUUGAACCAGCCAUCAGGAAAAACAUCACCACCACCUUGCUGAGUAUGCUGGGUCAUGAUGAGGAUGCUACACGCAUGUCCUCAGCAGGUUGUUUAGGAGAGCUGUGUGCCUUCCUGUCUGAAGAGGAUCUGAGGAGUGUGUUGCUUCAGCAUGUCCUGGCUGACAUAUCAGGCGUGGACUGGAUGGUGCGUCAUGGUCGCAGUAUGACUCUUGCCAUCGCAGUCAAGUCUGCCCCUGAGCAGCUGUGUGUGGAGGAGUACAGUUCAACCGUGACUGAGGCCAUCCUGGCCAGUGCCACCGCAGACAGGAUCCCCGUAGCUACCAGUGGGAUCAGAGCCAUGGGCUACCUGAUGAGACAUCAUCUCAGAACCGAGGAAGGAGGUGGCUCAUCACAGCGCAUCAUCACACAGUUUGUCAAGUGUCUCCAGAACCAGUCCAGUGACAUCAGGCUGGUGUCGGAGCGGGUGCUGUGGUGGGUGUUUAAAGACGAGGCCACGCCCUCCCUGGAGCCCGCACUCAUCAAGCCGCUGGUGAAGAGCCUGCUGGACAACACCAAGGACAAGAACACCAGCGUCAGAGCCCAGAGCGAACACACCAUCGUCAGCCUGCUCCGACUGCGUCAGGGAGAGCAGACCAUGCAAAGCGUCAGUGCCAUCCUUGACUCCGCUAGUAAUGAGCUGCUGUCUGACUGUCACCGCCGCUCCCUGAAGAAGAUCUCCAGCCUUCCAGACUCUAACGAAGAGAUUGACGACACCAUCCUCACGUGAUGGACAGGAUUUAACCCAGUUUUAAAAAAUCCAUACUGUUGCUCUUGUACUCAGAAAAGACCUCAACGGCAAUCAAGAGAACUCAGCUGUUAUGUCUAACAAAUACAUACAUCUAUGGAGAGAACCCUCACACACGCAUACAUCCCGAAUAACUCCAUGUUAUCCAUGGACCAAGGAUGAGUAUGAACACUCGCUUUCCUUCAUAUUCCCACUCUUUGGACAAUUUCAUUUCUUGUUUAAGUGGCUCUAUAAACAUUUAUAACAUUGGUUCUCUCUCACAAAGUGUAGGUAAAACUCCUGUUAGCUCACUGCAUAAAGAAAGUAAUUUGUGCCAAUAACCUUUUGACAUUUAAAUGUGUAUUAAAUGUCCCUCUUAUUUUCUUGAAUUUAUUUAGCGCAUCACUGACACCAGUAACAAAGCAGCAAUUAAAUUUAGACCCCUGCUUUUCCGCUGUUUUAUCCCUCUUUGGUUUUGUGUGUGAGUUGUGUGGGGAAAGCAACCAGUUAUCUUUAGGAUAAAGUUGAUAUUCUUAUCAAUAUUACAGUUGUAAAAAGAAAUCAAAUAAAACUUGAUUUUAUAAUGGUUGACAAUCUGAAUUAACUUGAUUCUUUUUGGCACCCUGUCACUGAACUUGGCUUUUUGCCUUGAUACACAAACUACACAAAAUUUGUCAGUCCAGGGCCGGUUUCCUAAAAGCAUUUUAAGGCUAAGUUAAUCAUUAGAAUAUUGUUCUAAAGAUAAACUUAACCAUAAGAUGCUUUUGGGAAAUCGGGCCCUGAGCAGGGGUGUCAAACUCCUUCCAGGGAGAGUCUUGUGUCUGCUGGUUUUUCCUUUCGAUUAAGACCUAGACAACCAGGUGAGGGGAAUUCCUUACAUAUUAGUGACCUUCAUUCAUCGAUCAAGCAUAAGGGAGGAGCGAAAACCUGCAGACACCCAGCCCACCAUGGAAUGAGUUUGACACGUGGUGUAGAGUUAUAGAAUGGAAAAGUGCCAACCUGAAGUCAACAGCACCUUGAAUCUAUGAAACCGGGCCCUGGUCAAGGGUGUACGGUUAUUCACCGAGGUAAAAACAGUUUCAGGUUGGAUAUUCACACUUUCAAACUUCAAUACUUUUCAAACCACUUGAGCCACAGACUUAAAAUAAAUGUCAUGGAAAAUUU